CCACCGGGGCCCAUUCAGCCUCCCGAGGGAGAGAGAGAGAGAGAGAGAGAGAAGCCAUGGCCGGCCACCUCCUCCUCCUCCCGGUGCUGCUGCUGCUCCGAGGGGCCCAGGCCAGAGAAGUUGUCCUGCUGGACUUUGCCAAGGCACAAGGGGACCUCGGCUGGCUCAACCAUCCUUUCGGGAAAGGGUGGGACCUCCUCCAGAACGUCAUGAACGAGUCGCUCAUCUACAUGUACUCGGUCUGCAACGUCAUGGAGGGCGACCAGGACAACUGGCUGCGGACCAACUGGAUCUACCGCAGCGAGGCCGAGCGCAUCUUCAUCGAGCUCCAGUUCACGGUGCGGGACUGCAACAGCUUCCCCGGUGGGACGGGCACCUGCAAGGAGACCUUCAACCUCUUCUACGCCGAGUCGGACGUGGACUACGGCAUCAACUUCCAGAAGCGCCAGUUCCGCAAGAUCGCCACCAUCGCCCCGGACGAGAUCACCGUCCGCGAGGACUUCGACACCCGCAACGUCAAGAUCAACGUGGAGCGGCGCUCGGUGGGGCCGCUCACCCGCAAGGGCUUCUACCUGGCCUUCCAGGACAUCGGGGCCUGCGUGGCCCUCCUCUCCGUCCGCAUCUACUACAAGAAGUGCCCCGAGACCAUCCACAACAUGGCCGCCUUCCCCGAGACCAUCGCCGGGGCCGACUCGCAGUCCUUGGCCGAAGUGGCCGGCGCUUGCGUGCAGGACGCCGUGUCCGCCGGGGAACCGCUCCUGCACUGCAACUCCGACGGAGAGUGGAGGGUGCCGGUCGGUGAGUGCCUCUGCCGGGAGGGCUUCGAGAAGGACGGAGACAGCUGCAGAGCCUGCUCCCCGGGGUUCUUCAAGGAGGAGGUCUCCAACAGCCCCUGCUCCAGGUGCCCCUCGCACACGCUGCCCUCGGCCGCCGGCUCCACCUCCUGCCCUUGUGAGGAAGGCUUCUUCCGGGCCGCGAGCGACCCCCUUUCCACGCCAUGCACACGCCCCCCGUCCGCCCCUCGUAGUGUCACGGCCCUCGGUCUGGGAGCCAAGGUGCAGCUCCGCUGGCUGCCUCCCCUCGACGCCGGCGGCCGCUCGGACCUCACCUACAGCGUCUCCUGCGAGCAGUGCUGGCCGGAGUCCGGAGAGUGCCGCCCCUGCGACCCCGGCCUCCGCUUCUCAGACCAUCCGCACAGUUUUGCCGGCACCUCCUUGACCGUCAGCGAUUUGGAGCCUCACGUCAACUACACCUUUACGGUGGAGGCCCAGAAUGGAGUGUCCUCCUUCAGCACCCGGCGCAGCUACGGUGCCGCCAGCAUCAGCGUCAACCAGACAGAACCUCCCCGUGUGACCUCUGUGACCAUGGACGGCCGCACAGCCACCAGUCUGACCUUGUCCUGGACGGUCCCUCCCCGGCAGCGGAGCCACGUCUGGAAGUACCAAGUCACUUACAAGAAGAAGAAGGACGAGCACAGCUACUCCGUGGUUCGCUGCGACGGGAACUCCGUGACCCUCCCAAAGCUGACCCCGAGGACCAAGUAUGUGGUCAGCGUCCAGGCCUUGAUCCAGGAGGGCCACGGGGCCCACAGCGUGGAGCACGAGUUCGAGACGCUCCCAGAACGGUCCGAUGGCGCCAACAGUGCCGCUGUCCUCGGGGGCUCCAUCGCCGCCUGCCUCGCUAUGGUCCUCUUCAUCGCGGCCUUAGUCUUCUUCCUUCGCCGGAGGAGGAAGAACUUGAGGGCCCGGCAGACGCCCGAAGACGUUUACUUCUCCAAAUCUGACCAGCUGAAGCCCCUGAAGACUUAUGUGGACCCCCACACAUACGAAGACCCCAACCAGGCGGUGCUGAAGUUCACCACCGAGAUCCAGCCAUCGUGCAUUUCCCGGCAGAAGGUCAUUGGGGCAGGGGAGUUUGGCGAAGUCUACAAGGGGACGCUGAGGAGCAGCACGAAGGAGAUCCCGGUGGCCAUCAAGACGCUCAAGUCGGGCUCCACCGAGAAGCAGCGCAUUGACUUCCUGAGCGAGGCCAGCAUCAUGGGCCAGUUCUGCCACCACAACAUCAUCCGCUUGGAGGGGGUCGUCUCCAAAUAUAAGCCGUUCCUGAUCAUCACCGAAUACAUGGAGAACGGGGCCUUGGAUAAAUUCCUACAGGAGAAGGACGGGCAGUUCUGCGUCAUCCAGCUGGUGGGUAUGCUCAGGGGCAUCGCCUCAGGGAUGCGCUACCUGGCCAGCAUGAACUACGUCCACCGUGACCUGGCCGCACGCAACAUCUUGGUCGACAGCCAGCUGGUCUGCAAGGUCUCCGACUUCGGCCUCUCGCGGGUCCUGGAGGACGACCCCGACGCCACUUACACCACCAGCGGCGGGAAGAUCCCCAUCCGGUGGACGGCGCCCGAGGCCAUCUCCCACCGCAAGUUCACCUCGGCCAGCGACGUCUGGAGCUACGGCAUCGUGAUGUGGGAGGUGAUGUCCUACGGCGAGCGGCCCUACUGGGAGCUCUCCAACUCUGAGGUGAUGAAGGCCAUCAACGAGGGCUACCGCCUCCCGGCCCCGCUGGACUGCCCCUCCGCCGUCUACCAGCUGAUGAUGCGGUGCUGGCAGCAGGAGAGGAGCCACCGGCCCAGGUUCAACGAUAUCGUCAGCAUCUUGGACAAACUCAUCCGCGCCCCCGAGUCGCUCAAGACCUUGGCAGAGUUCGACCCCCGGGUCUCCAUCCGCCUCCCCAGCACCAGCGGCUCAGAGGGCAUCCCGUUCCGAACGGUGGGCGAGUGGCUGGAGUCCAUCAAAAUGCACCAGUACACAGAGCACUUCCUCUCCACGGGGUAUAACUCCAUCGAGAAGGUGGUGCAGAUGACCAACGACGACAUCAAGAGCAUCGGGGUGCGCCUCCCAGGGCACCAGAAGCGCAUUGCCUACAGCUUGCUGGGGCUGAAGGAGCAGGCCGGCGCCAUCGGCAUCCCGCUCUGAAGCGGACGCAUCGAGCAACGUAUUUCCUGGGACAUACUUGAACAGUGGGACCAAGAAACCUCCCCCCACUCCAGCCACGGAGUCAGCACAGCUCCACAUUCACGCGUCCUUGCGCAUCACCCUGGUGCCAAAACUGCCGACAUGACAUGCUUCAUCCCACCAGCAUUGCCGUCCGAGGUUGCGCCUGCUAUUCAGUCCACCAUUUCACUCGGCUCCACUUAAAGGCGACCAAAGCAACAUCGGGCUGUUCGUUUCACUUUUCUCUUGCCUUAUUUCUAUGCUCAGAAACCUGGAAAAAAAUGUUACAACGCUCUUUUUGUUAUGGGCGUGUGCCUUUGCUCUCUAAUGGAGAAGUUACUGUGAGAGUGUCAGGUUCUCUUCUCCCAGUUGUGCUGUGGGCCAGUCUCCCACCAGAAAAAGCCCCAAGACACACACUGGUAGAUUCCAACAGGUUUUAUUGUACAGAAUACCAGAACCUUCUCUUUGGCCCAUUUAUAUAGGGGCUCUCACAUACCAGAGGGUAAUUGAGGUUUUAUGGAUUGUAAGGUUCUCUUCUCUCAGUUGUGCUGUGGGUCAGUCUUCCACCAGAAAAAGCCCCAAGACACACGCUGGUAGAUUCCAACAGGUUUUAUUGUACAGAAUACCAGAACCUUCUCUUUGACCCAUUUAUAUAGGGGCUCUCACAUACCAGAGGGUAAUUGAGGUUUUAUGGAUUGUAAGGUUCUCUUCUUCCAGUUGUGCUGUGGGUCAGUCUCCCACCAGAAAAAGCCCCAAGACACACGCUAGUAGAUUCCAACAGGUUUUAUUGUACAGAAUACCAGAACCUUCUCUGUGGCCCAUUUAUAUAGGGGCUCUCACAUACCAGAGGGUAAUUGAGGUUUUAUGGAUUGUAAGGUUCUCUUCUUCCAGUUGUGCUGUGGGUCAGUCUUCCACCAGAAAAAGCCCCAAGACACACGCUGGUAGAUUCCAACAGGUUUUAUUGUACAGAAUACGAGAACUUUCUCUUUGGCCUAUUUAUAUAGGGGCUCUCACAUACACGAGGGUAAUUGAGGUUUUAUGGCUGGCCCAUCCAAGACACACGCUGGUAGAUUCCAACAGGUUUUAUUGUACCGAAUACCAGAACUUUCUCUUUGGCCCAUUUAUAUGGUAAUGGCACACAGGUUACUCAGCUGUUAGACUGAAGAACCGUGCCUUUGAACUUAAUAUAUCUGACACUCACAACCUCUGAGGAUGCCUGCCAUAGAUGCGGGCGAAAUGUCAGGAGAGAAUGCUUCUAGAACAUGGCCAUACGUCGCGGAAAACUCACAGCCUUCAACAACACAUCACAGUUUUCCGUUUGUAGUUUUUUCGUUCAGGAACCGAAGGCAUUUCCAUGUUGCCGCCUUGCACGGACACUCCUCGGAUGUUUUUGAGUUUCAGCUUUGAAGUGGUUUUGUCAAGGACGACCAAAACGGACUCUGUACGGAGUCACCUUCCCUGUUAUUUAUUCCUUGUUAUCCGACUGCCGCGGUGCCUUCUUGACAAUGGUUCUGCUUUCACGUUAUCACCUUCCUUUUUGUUGUGGUUGUUGUUUUUUAAUUUAUUUUUUAUAUAUUUAUUGAUUGUUGCUGGUAAGGAUAAUCAUUCACAAUUUAAAUAAGUUUACUUCUGUGCGUGUAUGAUAUUCUCUAGCUUUAAUAAAAUGUUUUUAUUCUUUACUA